AUGGUAUUCCUUCGAACACUUGGAGGUGACACCGUCACAGUCGAAACUUCGCCGUUCGACACCGUCUCUUCUCUGAAGCAGUGGGUGGCCGAAUCGCAGGGAAUCCCCGUCGAGGAUCAACGCAUUAUUAGCUCAGGUGUCCAGCUUGAGGAUGACGAAGGUUUGCAAGAGUUGACCACUUACCAUCUUUCUCUGAGAUUGCUCGGAGGUGCCAAGAAAAGAAAGAAGAAGGUCUACUCGACCCCCAAGAAGAAGAAGCACAUCAGAAAGAAGGUCAAGCUUGCUGUUCUCAAAUACUACGAGGUUGACGGCAGUGGUGGAAUCAAUCGCAAGCGCCGCGAGUGUCAAAACUGUGGGGGAGGUGUCUUCAUGGCUGCUCACGCAAAUCGGCACACUUGUGGAAGAUGUCACGACACGCUCGUCAUUGAAGAACCACAAGCAGCUGCGAAAGGAGGCAAAGGUGGAAAGAAGAAA